AUGAAGAGCAAGCAGAAGUGCUCGGGCGGUUCCGGAGGGGCUGGCGGGAGUGCCGGUGGGUCUGGUGGCUCCGCGCCUGGAGGUGGUAGCGGUGGUAGCGGUGGUAGCGGUGGUGGCAGUGGUGGCAGUGGUGGAGGUUCCGGCAGCGGUAGUGGCGGAAGCAGCAGCCCCGGCGCUUCCCGGUGUGCUGCCAACGAAGUUGCCUGCGACUCCACCUGUAUUCCUGCCGGCUCUACCUGCUGCCAACACGGAAACAAUGCAUUCUGCGCCGCCGGCGAGUACUGCACCGGUCAGAAUACGUGCUGCGCCCUAGGCAACGCGUGUCCCGGACCCGGCGUCUGCGCACCCGGCACCUCCAGGUGCGGAGUCGGUUGUAUCCCCGAGGGAUUCGUCUGCUGCUCUGACCAUUACUGCAAGACUGUAACGGUCACUGUCACCGGAGGAGGAUCAGGUGGCGGCGGCGGCGCUGGCGGAGCUGGUGGCGCCGGUUCUGGCCCGGGUGCGGGCGCUGGUGCCUCUGGUGGUGAUCGCGGCGUCACCUUUACAUCCUCAUCUGGUGCUCCCCGCCCAACGGGCGGUGCUGGUGCCGGUGCUGGUUCUUCGGGUGGGGACCGGGGUGUCACUGCUACCUCGUCCGGUGGCGCGAGCCCAACUGGAGGAGCAGGUGCGCCUGGCGGUUCUGGCGGCGCGCCUGGUGGCUCAGGUUCUGGUGCCCCUGGCGGCUCGGGUUCCGGCGCGCCUGGUGGUUCUGGCGGUGCGCCUGGUGGCUCAGGUUCUGGUGCUCCCGGCGGUUCUGGUGGUGCGCCUGGUGGCUCAGGUUCCGGUGCCCCUGGUGGUUCUGGCGGUGCCCCUGGUGGUUCUGGCGGUGCCCCUGGUGGUUCUGGCGGUGCCCCUGGCGGUUCUGGCGGCGCCCCUGGUGGCUCAGGUUCUGGUGCCCCCGGCGGUUCUGGUGGUGCGGGUGGCUCAGCAGAUGAUGCAAGCGAGACCCAAGCUCCUCGUGGCGGCGCUGGUGCUAGUGGCGGACCCGGUGCCGGUGCUGGUGCUGCCCCAUCCACGACGUCUCGUGCACCAGGCGCCGGUCCCAGCGGCGGAUCCGGAAGCUCUCAGACCUCUGCUCCCGCGCCAACCUCAACCUUUGUCACUGCCGGUUCAGCAGCGUCUGCUUGCUUCAACUGGGGGAGUGCACUUGUCGCUGUGAUGGUUGGCGCGCUUCCUUACGUCAUGUAG